AUCAUCUAGGUAGCUUUCUCAGGCUCAUUGUCCCGAGUAGCUCCGUGCAUUGUCUCGCCUCCCUAAGACUGCGUGCACAUGCUGCAGCGCUAGGUCCUUCAGAAUGCCACUUCAUAAUUAAACCAGGGUCCGCGUGCACAUGCUGCCUGACCUUUGUUCUUCAGUUUUGGGACCGUUAGGGAAGAAUGGAUAGAGGAGGUGAACCUGUCGACGUGCGGUUUUGUCUCUCCGCCUCCACAGACGACGGUCGUACCAUGAGUCGAGCUCAACCCGUGGAUGCAUCGUUUUCCCGUAUGACCGAUAUAGUCACAGCUGGCCAUUGUCACGAUGGUGCUAGUACCGCCUCGCUCGACGCUCGUGUUUUCAUUCCCCGUGACGCUCCGCUGACGUGGAAUCCCGAAGACGUGGCAGGGAGCACGUGGUCAGACGGCGAGAUGCCGCUGGUGAGCAUCAUCAUGCCGGUGCACAACGCAGCUCCGUUCCUCCAGGAUGCGAUCGACUCCAUCCUGGCUCAGACCCACAAGGGCCCGAUGGAGCUCAUAGUCUUCGACGAUGGCCCGAGCACCGACCAUUCCCGGGCCAUUCUCGAGUCGAAUCGGUCAGUGCUUGCCGCCCGUGGAAUCACCUUGAAGAUCGUCGCCGAGCGGACCGCGACCACCCUUGGCAGCAGCACGGAUAGCCAAGGGACCAAGUCCUACUUUGACGACAGCAAUCUGACCGAGACCAGCCUUGACAGCAGCACGGAUAGCCACCAGACAGAGACCAUCCUGGACAGAAGCACAAAUGGGCAUGGCGACUGCUUCAGGAACGCUUACAGUGGCCAUUGCAGGGAGAAUGAUGGUGGUGGUGGGAGCGUGCACUGCGAUGGUUGUGACUCGUUAAGCGCGUGUGGCAGCAAUGGGGACAGCAGCAGCAUCCGUCUCAGCAGUAUAGGAGGCAGCGGGGGCAGUGCUGAGACGGGUACGGCACUCAGAGGGGCGCCCCUGCUGUCAGAGGGAUCGGCUGAGAGGUGUCAGCCACGGGGGUGUGGGUUUGGGCGCAACCGGGCCAUCGAGCACAGCCGGGGAGAGUACCUGUGCUUUGCUGACGGGGAUGACGUCAUGGCUCCGGGUCGCAUCUCCCGGCAGCUUGCCCUGGCCUCUCAGAGCCAUAAACUGUUGGUGAGAAUUGAUGCUGCUGCUGGUGAGAACUUCUGGUGGUCAAAAUUGCUGCUGGCCUCUCCGAGCCAUAAAUUACUGGUCGGUUCUAACUUCGUUCGCACCCCAGCUGAUGCCACGCCAAGGUUAACAGCGUGGGCCAAUUCCCUCUCCCAGGUGCAGCUGUACCUGCAGCAGCUGGUGGAGACCACCCUCAUCGCCCCCACAUGGUUCUGCUCGCGGCAAGUCUUCAAGACUGCUGGCCCAUUUGAUGAGAGCGGGCCAGGCACGCCCGAUGACCUCAUGUUCUUCCACCAGCACUUAGCUAAUGGUGGCUGGCUGGCAAAGGUGCCUGAACCUCUACUCACGUAUUGCUUCCACUCGGCAUCAGUGACAGGGUCCAGAGGGUGCCCUUGGGAGAGCAUCUGGGAGCAGCGAGUCAAACACCUCCAGGCACAGCUACUAUCAGGGCCCAGUGGCCCUUGCUGGUCGGAAUUCACAAUCUGGAAUGCAGGCAAGGAAGGCAGGAGGCUCUACCGCUCCCUUUCUCCAUCGAACCAAGCUAAGGUUAUUGCCUUCUGUGACGUGGAUGUGAGGAAGAUUGCACGGGGGGUGUACAUGCACCAUGAGUCCGGUAGGGCGGUGCCAGUGAUCCAUUGGUCUGAGGCCCGGCCACCACUGCUGCUGUGUGUGAAACGUGGGCUCACUGGGGGUGGGUUUGAGGAGAUUGUAGAGUCUCUGGAUAUGACAGAGGGGCUGGACUAUGUAUACUUUUCAUAAGUUUAGGGUUCAGGGCUCCUAUGAAGUUGGAUCUGACGCGCACGGUACAGUGCAGUGCAGGUGCUGAUUUGUUCAUUCCAGUCCACGCGGUGCGGUGGAUCCAACUUCGAGUGGAUGCAUGAGUGUACAAGGAUACGCCCUUAUUAUUGGUACCACCAGCAAGUACUAAUGAGGAUGGUAUAC